AUGAAGUCAUUCGCACAACCGCCACCUCAUGAUACUGCACAAUCUACCUAUCUUCUAGGCCUACGCGGUUUUCUCAUUUUGCAAACUUUCCUCUGGAUAUUCCUACAAACGUUUGUUCCAGCUACAGUCAAAAGUAAUAUCAUUACUUUUCCUACAGACACUCCGACUUAUCAGGACCUCAUUCGCAAGAUCCUAUCACCGAUAUUCUGGAAUGAAUCGCUUAUUUAUUCAUCUUUUGUUUUCUUGUCCGCAAGAGUUCUAUGCACCUCUUUUAUCAGUUCGCCAAGUAAACAAAUAAUUACAUCUUCAAUAUUCCGAAGAUCGUUCCGCCUCAUAAUUCCAACAAUCUUCUCACUUUCUCUCGUUACACUCCUUUCGCAGACCACCUCCACUAAUCAUCUCGCCUCUCUCUUCAUUAUCAAAACUAAAAACUCCAGCAUUCAAGCUCCCUACACUCUUCGCUCCCCUAUCCCCCUUACCCUCUUCAACUCCCUCUUCACCCUCUUCCUCUCUACUUCCCACACACCCUUACACAACUUAUCCGCCGUCCUCGCUUUUCCAUCCGGGACCCUAACAAUUCUCCCCAUCCUCUACUCCCAAUCCUACACCCUCUACAUCACCACUCUCAUAAUCCCCUACACUCGACCCCUCUGGCGCCUCAAAUACUCGCCCCUCUUUCUUUUCACCGCCUAUUGGGUAUCCUCCUAUUCCUUCAUAUCCAUCAGCGGCCUCCUUCUAACCGACUUUCUCCUUCUGCCCAAUUCUCCUCUUCUCACAAUUUCUGCAACUGGAUUUCCAUUACCAAAACGGAUCACCAAGAAAAGAAUUCCGUCUUGGAUACCUUAUACAUUUAUCUUUUUGGUCGGCAUUGGACUUCAAUAUUUCUACACAACUUCAGACACAGCAGUAGAAACAGCAAAUGCGGAACUGAAAGCUCAUACGGAUAUUUAUGGUUCUUCUGGUGGACUCAACACCACCCCGGAUUUGAAGGAACAAACGCCUAGAAUUGCGGAUUGGUUGGUUUUAUGCGGUGGAUUUCUGUUGUUGGAGACGAGAACGUCGGUGCAAAAUUUAUUCAAGAAUACUGUGCUGGUUUCCCUGGGGAGGAGAAGUUUGAGUAAGUUAAUGUUGUAUUGUAUUUGUAUUCAAAAGUUGUAG